GAGUCAUCCCGCCACCAUGAACGAGAUCUACCCGUUGGCAGUGCCCAAGGGGCGGAAACUGAAGUGCGAGGUGUGCGAGGCGCCGGCCGAGCGCAUGUGUGGGGCCUGCACGGUCACCUUCUAUUGUGGUGUGGCGCAUCAGAGAGCUGACUGGACCAGCAUUCAUGAAAAAAUAUGCCAGCUCCUGAUCCCUUUGCGUACAACUAUGCCCUUUUACAAUUCAGAAGAAGAACGGAAGCAUGGUCGGGAGCAGCUAGUGCAGCGGCAGAAGCAUUUAAUUGAGCUAUGUUACAAAGUAUCUCAGAAAUACCUCUUUGAAGGAAAACAUGAAGAAUCAGUUCCUGCUGCUUUACAUUCACUGCGUUUCCGCAUUAAUGUAUAUGGCGCAAAUUCAGUUCAAGUGGUACCUGCUUACCUACUGUUAACAGAGGCCAGUAUUGGUCUUGGCCAAAUUGUCCAGGCAGAGGAAUACCUCGCCCAAGCCCAGUGGAUUGUUCUCAAGGCAACUGAGUGCAGUGACGAAAUCCAAUCUCUUCUGCAUCGGAACCUGGGGCUCCUCCAUACAGCUAAGGGAAACUAUGAAGAAGCACGCUAUCAUUUGGCCAAUGAUAUCUAUCACGCCAGCUGUGAGUAUGGGACAGACAACAUCAGAAUCUCCGCAGCAUACUUCCUCAUGGCUAAUGUUUUCCUUCACCAAAAGAAGAUGGACGUGGCAGGCUCACUGUACACCAAGGUAACUGAUAUCUGGCAUACAUAUUUAGAUCAACCUAUUCAAAAUCAGCUACAUGCUAUCAAGAAACCAACAGAUAUCUUGGCCAAGGAAUUGGAAAAUGACACUGGUUUAGAUGAACCUCAAGAAUCAGAAGCAAUUCACAUCCUGGAAACCAUCUUGGAAAUUCGAGAACACACAGUAGAAGAAAAGUCACAGACCACUAUUAAAAUUCUGAAAACGGUGGCCAUGCUCCAUUAUCUAAUGAUGAAUUUAUCAAAGGCUCAUGAACUUGCUUUGAAAGCCUAUCUUUUAUCCAGAGAGCUGCCCAAUAAAGAAGAAUUCGAAGCCCUUCGAGAGCUUCUAAGCCUCAUUGCGUCCAAAAACCCAGUGACCUUGAAGUCAGCCAAGUUUUACAACCAGACCCUUUAGAGGAACAGCGGUGGAUGCUGCAGAUGGGCUAAUAACACGUUAUAGAUGCUAUUUCAGCCCAGGAGAUUCAACCUUGAAAUCUUGCCCUCUACAACAUGUCUUGACAAUGCCCAUUAUGAGGGAAAGUUGGACUUUGUGCAGAGGGUGUAGAAAUCCUUCCACAUUUUGAUUUGUGUGACAGGAUAUCAGGACAUUGACACAUUGUUAUGUUUUUUGUUUUCAUGCUUUUUCUUAUGCAAAUGCCAUUAUCACAGGAAAUAGGGACAUUAGACUAGGUACACUCCUAGCUAUACCUGAUUUUGUGCAUUACUGUGAGUGUGGUUUCAAUUUAAUGCAAUCAAUAAAUUAGGGAAAUGGUUUGCCUUAGACAUUUACAAGAUGUAUGAUUCAGCCAAGUCACUAACAUCCCUGGACCUUGGUUUCUUCAAAUGGGAAAGGGGAGGUGAGGGAUUGUGAGGGAAAUGAUUGGUAAACCUUAAAAAGCUGAGGAUAAAUGGGUCAUCAUCAUUCCAUUACUAGCAUUGGGCUCCAUACACAUUUAAUAGUUCUUGACAAGUCCCU